GCCAGGAUCAUCGUGCUCUUGUUCGGGGGAUCUACUUCGUCCACAGCAUUUAAGAAAGUUGCACUGCACUUAGCUGAGGUGGUACACGUAGACGAGAGCGCUAUAGUAGAAAACCUCUGAACAUGAACUACUUCAUAUGAGUUUUUGCUUCCCGAAUCAAUGGCUCUGAAACUGAUAGCAACUGAGCUCUUUUAUCGAGGGCCUACUUGCGACGUGAAGGCACCACGCAAGUUCAGUUUUAGUAGACAGGCAUUUUUGAAGCUGAACGAAGUGCUGGGCAAAACGUUUUGAUCGCAUUUCUACUGGAGGUGAAGAAGUUGGGCAGUAUCUUCAAAGCUAACGCUCGCAAUUUGCUAACCAUGAAGACGACCAGCAUAUUUAUCCGACGCCGGAAUAUCGCGUCUGAAUCUCGCGGGAAGUGGAUCGGGUUAUUUCGUGUUCCUGAUAGUAUCCACUACGUAAACGCCCCGAGGAGCAUGGUGCCACAGCAGAUGCCAAGCCAGCCAUCCAGUUCUUCAUCCGUGAUCUUCACAACGAAGCGAGCCGUAGGAACGGGCCGCUCUCUACCGAAGUUCGGCAUUGCACGGGAGCGCGUCGCAAGUGGCGAUGCAGCCUUGCUCGCAUCGGAACUUGAACAACUUGAGUCCGGGAUUCAUCGACUUGCCGCACAGAAGCCCUUCACGGCGCGAUGUCUUUUGACGGAACUGAAAAAAGUUCUAGAGCAGGACGGAGCCACGUCUUCGACUGCGACUUCGUCCCAAGCAUCUGCUUCAAGUGGAGCAGCCACUGCGCCCGCCGACGGAGAGGCGGCCACGACCGGUACUAGUGCAGCUUCUGCAAUGCGGUCCCGGAAUAAACAAACAAAAACAUCAACUCCCCCACGGACCAUUAUACGGCUGGACUCACAGGUGGGCGCGGAGCAGGGUCGCCCCGUGGUAGCGGCGCACGCGCGCCCGGGGAAAACGUUAACAUUUGCCUACCUGUCGGACAAAGACAAGGCGCGAGUCCUGCAACUCACGGAGGCGGAAGGGGCCGCGGAGGUCGCAAGCCAAGCCACGGGGAAAACCGCGUUUUUCGCUACGUUGACCAGCGAGCAGAAGUACAAGGGCUUGCUGGAAUGGCAACAGGAACGCGACCAGCAAGGCGAGGCGGGAACGGGCGGGGCCGACGACGGUAGCGCGCGGUCCGACGACGCGAUCCCCGUGGCGGAAUUGCGCAAGCUGUUUCUUUCCAACGCCGCACCCAUGAUCGGCUUUGGUUUUGCGGACAACUUUCUCAUGAUUCUGUUCGGGUCCAGCAUCGAGGCCCAGUUCGGGAUGUACGUGAGUACGAUGGCGGCCGCGGGUUUGGGCAAUCUGUGCAGCAACCUCGUUGGCAUGUCGCUCGCGGAAAAUAUCGAGUACGCGUCGAGCCGGUUGGGCAUCGCGCAGCCGCGUUUGACGCACAAACAACGGCAGACACACACUGCUCGAUUCUGCAUCUCCAUGGGCACAAUGACGGGAAUUACCAUUGGGUGCUUGCUCGGCCUCGCUCCAUUAUGGUUCUUCGACGAAAACAACGAGGAAAGCCAAGAGGUGGACACUUCCACGAAAUAGAAAUGCAAAAUGAAAAUAGCAAAUGAACUCGCGAGAGAACGAUUCUUGAUUAGCACGAAAAAGAAUACACCCGAAGAAUCUUAAAAACAAAAACAGGGAUUCUACCACACAGAUGAGAUAUAUACCCAACUCCUGAUGGAAACAGGGAGGGUCGACGGACGAUACAGAUCAUCAUGAGGACGAGGAUGAUCACGAUAAAUGAAUCGCCAAC